AUGAGUACUUAUGCAGGUCCUAUCAAGAGCAAAGCUGUAACCAAGAGUAAAGGGGUUGGUCCAUCAAAAUCUUGGAGCAAGGUCAUUCCAAAGAAAAGAAAGGAGCGGGAAAUUGUUGAACCUGAAUCUGAUGUUGAAGUGAAUGUCCUUGACAUUCCACCGAGGAAGAAGCCUACAACCAGCAAGCUUGCUGCUAGUAUUCCUGAAGUUCCCAUUGAUAAUGUGUCAUUCCACUAUGCCUCUAGUGCCAGCAGAUGGAAGUAUGUACUCCAAAAGAGAUUGGCUGUUGAAAGGGAAUUUGCUCCAAAUGCCCUUGAGAACAAGGAGGUCUUAGAGCUAAUUCAAGAAGCUGGACUUCUGAAAACUGUCUGCAAACUGCCCAAGUGUUAUGAGAAGCUCGUUAAAGAGUUCGUGGUAAACUUAUCUGAAGAAUGUGGCAACAGCAGAAGUGUGGACUUCAGAAAAAUGUUUAUGAGAGGUAAGUGUGUCUCAUUCUCUCCGUUUGUGAUUAAUAAUUUCUUGGAAAGAACGGAUGAAGCUCAAACUGAGCUUGAAGUAACAGACAACAAAGUUUGUCAACUGAUCACAGCCAAGCAAGUAAAUAGCUGGCCUCUAAAAGAGAAGCUAACUUCAAGUAAGCUGAGCAUCAAGUAUGCAAUGCUUCACAAGAUAGGAGCAUCUAAUUGGGUGCCAACAAAUCACAAGUCCACUAUUUCAACUGUACUUGGGAGAUUUAUAUAUGUUGUAGGGACAAAGGAGAAGUUUGAUUAUGGAGCAUAUAUUUUUGACCAAACCAUGAAGCAUGCUGGAAGCUUCAAUAUUAAGGGUCCAAUUGCUUUUCCAUCCCUCUUGUGUGGUAUAAUUCUGCAUCAGUACCCAAACAUUCUCAAUGAACAUGAUGUAGUGUGCAAAAGAGAAAGUCCCUUGGCCUUCCAUUACAAACUGUUUCAGGGUAAGCAUGUUCCAGACAUUGUCAUGACAUCAGCUGAAACUUCCAAAUCUGGAGCAUCAAUCAGCAAAGCAGAAGUCAUAGCAACGCUAAAAGAGACUUGCAAAGAACUGGAAUCUAGAAAAAUAUAUCUUGAAAAAAUGAUACGUACUCUGGAAAUGGAUGAGAAUGAUGAAUUUGCAGAUACUGAAGAGAAGGAAGAUAAAGAUAAACAAGAAUUUGAAGAAGAAAGUGCCAUUCCGGCUGAUGACUCUGAGAAAGAAAGUUCUUCAGACACCUCAAGUGGGUCUGAAUCUGGGCAGUAA